AUGUCGGGUGAUGUGCUGCUGCUGCUGUACCACUGUUUGCUGCAGUCCCCCCUAUUUCCUGUGGAUGUAGAUGUGGUCAUUGGGGACACAGUCUCGAGAUCUGCAGGUUUCCAUGGAAACGGAGAUUCACAAAAGGUUCUGCCUACAACAGUACAAUUCUGGGGCCGGUUUACUAGUUGCUACCAACUUCUUACUAACGAAAAGGCCGAUUUGGAGGCCACUCAUGUCGUCAAACGGACGCCGCUACAUCUAGCGUCCAUCCAUGGACACACAGCGAUUGCGCCUGCUCUUGUGGCCUAUAGUGCGAAUGUGAAAGCUAAGGAUCAGUUUGGUUGCACUCCAUUACACCGGACAUGCGAAGAAGGACACACAGAGAUUGUUGAGUUGCUACUAUCAAAACGAGCGGCCCUAGACUGUAUAAACAAGGUACGUAUGACUGGUGCAUACCACGUGGAGGUGCUAUUCUCGUACCUACGGACGCGACAAUGA